UGGUAAAAAUGGCCGAAAACAAUAGAAAUAGUUUAUUGAGUCGUUGCUCCGUUUACCCUAGUAUUUAAUUAUCAAUAAAUAAAGUAAUAUAAAUAUCAUUUAAAAUCAAUAAUACAAAAUAAUUAAUAAUAAAAAAGUUAAAAAUUAAUGAAUAUUAUGGCAACUGCUAUUCAAAAGAAUGGCAUGAAAUCUUUGACAAAUGGUAAUUUAAAUCACGUUGGUGAUGUUGAACAUUUAGAUCAUGGUGGUGUUUGUAAUGGAACUGAUAAUGAUGUUUAUAAAAUGGAAAAUGGACAAGUUGCUGAACAAGAACCACAACCUGAAAUUGAUAUACUUAUAAGAAAUGUUGUAUGCAGUUUUAGUGUACGUUGUCAUUUAAAUUUACGUGAAAUUGCAUUAAAUGGAUCAAAUGUUGAAUAUAGAAGAGAAAAUGGAAUGAUUACAAUGAAAUUACGAAAACCAUCAGCAACAGCAUCUAUAUGGUCAUCUGGUAAAAUAACAUGUACAGGUGCUGAAACUGAAGAAGAAGCUAAAAUUGCUGCUCGAAGAUUUGCAAGAACACUACAAAAACUUGGUUUUAAAGUACGAUUUAAUAAUUUUAGAGUUGUCAAUGUACUUGGUACUUGUCUUAUGCCAUGGGCUAUUAAAAUAACAUCAUUUUCAUCACAUCAUAAAGAACAUGCUAGCUAUGAACCAGAAUUACAUCCAGGUGUAACGUAUAAACUUUUAAAUCCAAAAGCAACCUUGAAAAUAUUUUCCACUGGUAGUGUCACAAUAACAGCACCAAGUGUUGAUUCAGUGGGUAAAGCAAUUGAACAUAUAUUUCCAUUAGUCUAUGAAUUUCGUAAACAACGUUCAAUAGAAGAUGAAGCAUUAUUAUUGGCUAAAAAACGUAAAUUAGCAAACAAAAAAUAUCCAGAUGAAUUUGAUCCAGAAGCAAUUAUCCAAAAUCCUGUAGAUGAUGAAGAUAUGAUGAUUGAAAGUGAUGGAAGCUGGGACUGAAUUUAUUAUUUUAUAAUUUAAUAAUAGUGCUUAUCUAUUUUUUUUUUUUCCUUUUUUUUAUCGUCAAUUUCUCAUCAAUUGUUUUGAGAUUGUUACUUUUCUACAGCCAACAAUAGCCAACAUGGCAAAGUGUUUAAUUUUUCAUGUAUAAUAACUUUUUUUUUUUUGUUUUUUUUCUAUUUUCAUUUCGAAUAAUGUGUGAGUGAAGUGUUUUUUUGUUUUCUCUCUUUCAACAAGUAUUUAUUUCAUUUAUUUUUUUUUUUUGUUUUUUAAUUUUGAGACUGAAUGAUAGUAGAAAAGUGCAAGUGCGUGUUGGACAAUGAAAAACAAAAUGAAGAAAAAGAACAAAAAAAAAAAAACAAAAAAAAAGGAUUUAAAAAAUGAUGAUGAAAAUUACAAAGAUAUUUGAUUAAUGUAAAUUAUAAUAAUUUUUUUUUUUAAGCUCAUUGUACCAAAAUUGAGCGAUAUCGAUUAAUCGUUGAUUAAUCGGCACAUUUUUUUAUGUUAGCAAUAUGAAAAUCUUUCGUUUUAGGAAUUAUGAUAUUUUUGCUUUUUUUUUUUUUUUUUUCUUUUAUAAAAUAGAUAAUUUUUUCAUUGUAUCAUUUUAUUUCGUAACGGCAUGAUAACAAAACUUUGUUUUUUUUUUUUCUUUCAUUGAAAAAUUCAUUAACGAUCAUUGAUAAAAUGUAAAAAAAAAAAAAUUGUUUCCGCUUUUAUUAUUUUUCUUGUAUUAUUUUCAUUUUUAUUUUUUACUUAACAUACUGUGCCAAAGAUGGAUGUUAAAAGAAAAAAUUUCAUGCUAACCGAUUGUAAAGCAAAUUUUAUGUCUUUUUUUUUUUUUCGAUUCUUGAUAAGCCAAUUGCAUGAUAUUCCAAUGAAAAAAAAAAAAAUGUAAUUCUAUUUACUGAUUAGCCAAUAAUUGUUGGAUAUUAUAGUAUUCAUUAAAUUAAUAUAAUUUUCAUUUUAAAAGAUAAAGAAAAUUUGCUUUGCACUCGUAACAUUUACAGCGGAAAUAUUUAGUUUAAUUAAAUCAAAUUACGAAAUAAAUAAAUAAUUCGUUUUUAACAAAAAAAACACAAGUUAAAAUAAUUAAAAAAUUAAGUAAAGAGCGGUUCAUCCCUGUUCGAGCAUUUUUACAAAUAUAACGCUUUAGAUAAUUGUUUUUAAUUUUAAGUUAAUUUUUAUUAGUUAGAUUUAAUAAUCAUGUCCAUUUGUUUUUUUUUUUUUUCUAUUAUUUCUUACGUUCUUGUGAAGCUCGAUUCUUUUUUCCUCAAAAUAAAGAAAUAAAUUUCGAAAAAUAAUUUAAUUUAUUUUGUUUAUUUGCUUGAAAUUGAAUCGAGUUUUCAUCGAUAACUGUUAUUUAUUGUUCUCAUGUCGAUUAUUAUUAUGUUUUAAUGUUUAUCACACUCAUUUUACUAACUCAUUGUAAUUAUUAUUUUUUUUUUUCUGAAGCACUGAUGAACUUGUAGUAAAAUCGUUAAAAAAAAAAUUAACAAAUACACAGACAGUCUUGCAGAAUAAAAUAAAUUAAUAUUAAUAAAGAAAAAUAAAAAAAACCAAAAAUAAAUAAAAAAAAAAAAAAUGAAAAUAGACGAUGAAAUUAUGAGUAUAAUUGAUGUGUUAAUUACCAUAAUGUUCUUCUAGUGUUUUAGACAUCAACGAAAGUACGAAAUUAAAAAUAAUAAUAAUAAUUGUGCCAUUCAAUUUAAAACUUGAUCGAAAUGUCUAAAUUUAAUUUAAUUAAAACACUUUUUCUUUUUUUUUUUUUUAAUUUCAAAAUACUCGCACAUUUUUAUUGAAUUUUGUUUUGUUUUUUUUGUUUGAAUGUUUAAGCUAUAAUCACUGCCUCUUGGUACACAAAAAUUAAUAAGAAAAAAAAAUAUUAAAAAUGUAUUUGAUUGGAAAAAUUGUG